AUGAACGUCCAUAUCACAAAUAAUGGGGUGAUUAACAUCUCGUGUUCUCAGUGUUUUACAACAUCACAAAACGAUGAAAACAGUCUAAACAAGUCUACAGAGAACCAAGACUGUUUUUUAAAAGUUGAAGCGAUCGAUAAUUGCGAGAAGAAAGAGAAAAUCAAUAAAAUGGAAAUUGAAACGGUCAAAACAAGUCUUUUUGACAUGCCAGGUUUGGUUACACCAUUUGAGGUGGAUAAAAUGCGCGACUUUGUUGAUACCCUCAAACUCUUCUCGAAACAAAGUUUUGCGCGGCUUGUUGCUAAAACAGUCCCAGAGAUGAUUGCGAUUAGCACGAACGAAAUUGAACUACUCAAACGAUGGACAGAUAAAACAAAAUACGAAAUACUGUAUUGGUCAUCUCGAGACGGAAUGUCGAAAAGAGAUUUGAUGAAGAAAUGCGAAGGGCACAAAAACACAUGUUUCUUGGUGCAGUACGAUAAGGAGAAUGUCAUCGUCUUGUACUUUGGAGACCCGAUCCCAAAACAGCCAUCGGCAGGUCCGGCGUUUCUGGACGCUAAAAACCACUUCUUGGGAAUGCUCAAACACUCAACGGGGGUACAACCAUUCAGACUGAAAAGAAUUAAUUGGAGCGACAUCACGUUCGCAGUAGGAGCAAGCGAUGAGUACGUUGACCGAGUUUUAACGUGUAAACAUUGUGCCGUGUUUAAAACAGACUACACGUAUUUCUUUCACGACUUGAGUAAAUACACAUGCUUAGACGAUAAGUCUCUUAACUUCAAGAAGUACUUUUCUCAGGGUGGGACGUUUCAGGAAAUUGUUUGUAUUGAAAUGAUGUAA